AAACAUAUCACAAGUUUCAAGCAGGCAACAAGAUAACAUCAACAAUCAUGCAGAUCGACGACAAGCAAGAAAAGGUGACGUUUCGAGCAGUAAGUGCCAACGAAGAAGGCCGGAAACAAGUGGAGAAAGUGGAGGUGAAUACUCACAACAUCGACACUUUGAAACAUAUUGAAAAGAAGUUGGUGGAUAAAGGGUUGCACCGCCUCGAGCGGCACCCGCGGGACGGGAUACCGCUCGAGAAGCAGCCGAAAGGGGGGCGGGGAGGGAAGUAUACGUGGGACGGGCCGGGUGGGAUGGUUGAGGACGAACUAGACCCAGCUCCGGCCGCGGUGGAUGAGAAGGACCCGAAUUAUGUUAGUGAAGAGGAGGAGGAGAAGGUGGCGAGAGAGGUGGAUGGGGUGGUGGUUGGGGAGGUUGAGGUGGCGAAAGUGGUGGAGCAAGGGGUUGGUAGGGUGGAGGUGGAUCCUCACUUGAAACUUGCUUGAUAGAUUAAUGGUUGGUCGUUUUGAGUAUUUGUUUUGUGACUAUGAGUUAUGUGGUAUGUGUAUUGAAUUUCUGUUGUACUUUUGAAAUAUCUAACGAUGUUGAAUGAAUGAAAGGUGUAUUUUCAUAA